UAAAGCAGGGUCAUGAAAAUAUGCUUUCCCAUGAUGAAUGUAAUCAUCAUAUAUUGCAAAUGUGUAUAGUAAAAAUUUUUUUAAAUGACGCUUGACUAGAAAUAUGAGGUUAGGAUGAGUUAAACUGAAGUGUGUUCUGUGCAAGUUGUACAAUUUCUUUUUUAUACAAUUGUUAAAAGUAGGUCACAAGCUGGGUGUGUUGGGAUGUGCCUGUGAUCCCAGCACUUGGAGGCUGAAGCAGGAGGAUCACUGAAAGUUUGAGGCCAGCCUGGGCUACAUAGUGAAGUCAAGAUCAGCCUGAGCUUUAUUGCAACGCCCUGUCUCAAAAAACCAAAACCAACCAAACAAACAAAAAUCCCCAAAAGUUAGGCCACAGACUAAACUGAGUUUCAGGGUGGUUUGAAGAAAACAUACCACUUGCUCUGCAAAGGAAACAAAACCCAGCUUCCUGUGUUAAAGGGAUGAGGAAUCCAUUGCCUGCAGGCCCUAGCACCCCAUGUAAACAAACCAGCACACUCAGCACAGAAGGCAAACCUAAACUCAGCCUCGCUCACUCUCACAGGGACUUCCCACUGGCUGCUCUACAGGAUCACACUAAAUUGCGUAGUGUGGCCUUGAACUUGUGAUCCUCCUGCCUCACCCUCCUGAGUAGCUGGGAUUAAAUUAUAAUGGGUACGGUAAAGAGGCAGAGACGCAUAGUAUACAUGAGCUUCCAUUUUUAUUUAGUGUCCUGGCCUGCCCCGAUGGUGCUGACACAGCCUGUCUGACGUGGGGACCCUCCUGCGUCCUUGGCCUCUGGUGUGUGUAGGGGAUGUGUGUGGCUCACGCUACUCCAGUUCUUCCUUUUGUAUGCAAAUAGGUUUUUCUACUUAGGUCUUUAGAUUUUUUUUUAUCCUUUGAAUUAAUGUAUUCCACUAAGCUAUAGGAUUCUUUCCAGCAGUUUUCCCAAAACCAUAAUGAAUCCUUUCGAUUUACAUGUAAAUCUUUCCAAGCUCUGGAGCGGUUUUCUCUGUUGCACUGCUUCUGAUUUCAGUUCAGAAGCGUCGUUCCCGGGGGUGGGGUCCGGGUUCUGUCCUUGCUGUCCACCACCAGCACUGUGUCCAUGGUGACCCUCCGUCUCCUGUGUGUUUGGAAAGCAUCUCGUGAGUGUUGUGACUCUCCCCAGCUUCCCUCCUGUCUGCUGCCUGUGCUGUAGCACUGAAAGCCCCUCCUGCUUGGCGUUCCAUUUCCUUCCAGUUCUGCUGUUUCCCGUGUCCUCUCCAGCCGAAGACCUGUUUCCUGCUCACCUACUGCUUUCCGAGGUCUUGUUUUCUCCUUGGAACUGGGAAGGCAGCAUCCUGCAGUUCCUCCCUGGGCCCCUCUCAGCUCAUCGCAGAGGCAGCUUCCAGGUUCAGCUAUAUGGGUCCACUUGCUCUUACCCCGCAGCUUCCCAGGGGUCCUGUCUGUGACUGGCAUUUUGGGGUCACCGCCCUGGACCUGGGGACUUGUGUGGGGCUGGCAGGUGGAUACUGCACCACACCUGGGCCUGAGCUGGGUCCUGGCCCUCAGGAGAGAACUGCUUAAACUUUGUCUUGUACCUGCAGCUUGGGGAGUGUUUUUGUGUGGUUUGAAAGUUAUAAUCCGGCCCUUAGAUGAUUUAAAAAGUUUUCAACCACCUGUUCACCAGUGUUGUGAUGUUCAGUUGUCUUGCUAGUAGCUCAGUGCUGUCAAUUACACAAACUAUGGCUAUCAAGUAAAACUUCAUGUUUCAACUAACAUUUUUCAAUAGUUAAGUAAAUCUCAAGUAACUGGAGAGCUUGGGGAAUGGCGUGUUUCUACUUGUUCUGUUUUGUUAGUAAGAGUUUACUUAGAAUUUUAAAAGUCAUGAAUAUAAAUUCUUCCAGAGUCGAAGUCACAUUUUCUUUGAUUUAGUAUCUGGAAUGUAUGUCAUGAUCAUCGCGCCGUUGGAAACACUAGUUUUCCUUUUCCUGGUUAGUGCAUGUUCGGAGGACGUCCCAGCUGGACACGUGGAGAGCACUCUCCCGAGGCUCGGUGCAGCCUCCCUCUCAGGGGAGGGAAGGAGCGCUCGCUGGCCUGCGCGCUCCCAUGGACCGGACCGGACCGGACCGGACCGGGUGUGGGCCAGAUUUCCCCUUGCUUGGCCCUCUGCUUGCUGUCCCGCAGGGCCUGGGUCGCAGUCCCCAUACCCACCACCUCAAUGGUCUGGAAGCUAUUCUCCCCUCACCUUCACAUACCAAGGCCUGUCUCUGUCUUGCCCUUUCUGUCUCCCCUGCCAGGCUUUGGCUGGUUUUGCACCACGGUGUCUCUUGCGGUCACUGUUCGAGCCUUUACCUGAUCGCAUCCAGCCAGGCAGGACCUCAGGCUCCACCGGAAGCUCGGGCUGGAGGCCCGUGUCCCGGUGCUGGUUCUCCUAGUGCGGUUCGUCCUGCCUCUGGGCUUCAAUGGCCAGGGCUCCUCUUUCCUGCCACGUCUGCACACCCCGUACCUUCCUUCGCUCCCUCCGGCUGCUCAGUUUGCACCUGUUCUUCCUGUCAGCGGACGUCGGGUCACUUUCUCUCUCCCUCUUCAGCGCCUUUCAAACCUGUGUGUGAGCGGAUCCCCUCCCGCCCCCGGAGGCUUGAUCAUCCUCCAUGGGUGCCCUGCCACCGGCUUUCAUCGUGCUUCUUGAGCCUGUGAAGAUCACCGCUCUUCCGAGGGCCCUGUAAUGUGACAGUGCAGGUUUCAUACCUACUGUUUCUGUCCAGCGGUGGAGGCUGCUGGGUUCCUCUGCUCCUUCCGUCCUCCCUCCGGGACUGACCCAGGGGCUUGUGAAUGCUGGGCAGACCUCGACCACUGAGCGAAAUCUCCAGCCCUAGUGCUAUCCGGACGGGGAAUCCAAGCCACGCAGCUGCUAAACUCCGAGCUCCAGCUCUCCUCUCCUCAAGCUACACUUUACCGUUCAACAUGGAAGAAGAUGAGUUCUUGGAAGAAAAAACAUUCCAGCAUUAUUGUGCAGAAUUCAUUAAACAUUCACAACAGAUAGGCGAUGGUUGGGAAUGGAAAACAUCAAAGGACUAUUCUGACGGCUACAUGUACAAGACGUGCUUCCAGGCCAACGAGAUGGCAGGGGCGUGUCCAGGAACCUGCGCCGAUGUACAGACAUGGCUUCCCACGGAGGAGGCCUUAGACCUACCCUCGGAUGAUUUGGAAGUGAUUGAGACCCAGGCAGCAUCUGAAGUGGUUAAAUAUGAGUAUCACGUCUUAUAUUCCUGUAGCUACCAAGUGCCUGUACUGUACUUCAGAGCAAGCUUUUUAGAUGGGAGGCCACUCACCCUGCAGGACAUCUGGAACGGAGUCCACGAGUCCUAUAAGACGAGGCCGCUCCAGGGGCCGUGGGACACAAUCACUCAACAGGAACAUCCAAUACUAGGACAACCCUUUUUUGUACUUCACCCUUGCAAGACCACUGAAUUCAUGGCUCCAGUAUUAAAGAAUUCCCAGAAAAUCAAUAGAACCGUCAACUACAUCACAUCAUGGCUGAGCAUUGUGGGGCCGGCUGUGGGGCUGAAUCUACCUCUGAGUUAUGCCAAGGCCACCUCUCGUGAUGAAGAUGCUGACUGAAGGAUUCUCCUGUUGCGCUCAGCAUUGCGGCAGGAAGAAAUCCCUCAGCGUACCUGGCCAGCCGUUCUCAUGCCUGCGCUGUGCAGCAUUCCUGCCACCGCAAGGCCACAUGGGUUGCUCCCCCUGGAAGAAAAUGCCUGCUGCAACUGAUAUUUGAUAUAUUGAAUGUUUAGAAGAGUCCUGUCAAGAACUCUUAUUAUCUAGAGGUGCAGACUGGACAUCUGUACUGGAUCUGUUGCCGCAAGCUCUACUCCAUUCUUCGACAUCAGCACUGUCUCUCUCUGCUCCGUUUGCUCUUUCUCAGUCCUCACUCUCCAGUGUCCUGGGGACCUUUCUCCUGCUAACCAUAAGAAGGUCGGUGAGUGCAGUGGCUGCAGGACACAGCCAUGCAGUCUGUUCCCAAAGGUCCCUGUGCUGGAGAGUUGGCUCCAGGGUGGCAGGAUCGGGUGGGGAGCUUUAAGACGAAGCCAGGUGGGGCCUCAUUAGGUCCUUGCGAGUGAACGAACAUUCUGGGGCCUGGGUCAGAACUGGACAGGAUGGGCUGAUACAGGCCUGGCUUGCAUCUCUCCCCCAGAGCCCUCUCUGCUCACACUCAGGGUCUUCAGCCCUGCACCCAGGCCUGGCCAGGCCCAAGCAGGUUCCCGCUCAGAACUGCGCGGAGUGUACCGGUCCUCUUCAUGAACUGAGCAGGCAAGAGACAGAACCUCACCCAUCAGGCACACUCCGCAGACAGCUUCAAGUCCCAGGCAACUUCUCUCCCUAGUCGCAGCACGGAUCAGCACCGCGAAUAGCGUCAUGUGUGCCUGACUCUGCUCAGGGCUGCACACGUUGGAACAGUGGCUGGUUUCAGGAUCAGGAUCGCCUCUGAAAAAUGAACAAAAUGCAUUUUCAGAAAUUGUUAUAUGUGUGUUUUGUACACAUACAAAGAAAUAACCAGAAAAUUCCACAUGCAGUUUCAGGAGGUUUCUUAGAAAUCCAUCUGUGGGACAAAACCUAGAUCAAGAAUCUGAGCCAGCUAAGUGCAGUGGUGCACAUCUGUAAUCCCAGGGCUCAGCAGGCUGAGGCAGGAGGAUUGUAGAUUCAAGGCCAGCCUGGGAAACUGUUAAUAAAAAGGGCUUGAGGCUGGGGCUUAGUGGUAGAGUUUGUCCCUAGAAUACAUCAGGCCCUGAGAGAGAGAGAGAGAGAGAGAGAGAGAGAGAGAGACAGAGAAAAAGAUACAUCUAGGCCAAUAAAUCCUAGUCACAGUGGCUUUCUUCCAUCACACAGCACACACAGGUGAGAGGAAGCGAGGUCUAGUGAGGGAGGAAAUGUGCCUAAUUAUAAACAUAAGGCAAUGUGUAAAAUACAUAAAGAAUAAAGUCAACCAUUACCUGCAAGAUGUAGAUGCCAGAGGGAGACAUCUGUGACCCGUUAGCACCGUUAGGCGAGGGGACGUGGUCAUGGUCACCUGCACAUGCCGGCUCACUCAGACGCGCACACAGAGAGCAGGGUGUGUGACGCUGCCAAACCACACAGGGGAAAAAUCCUUAUUACAGACAAAUUCCCAAAGCUGUUGGAGAGGAGGAUGUGACAGGGCAAUCUAUUUCCAUGUUAAUGGGUGGAACAUGUCUAACGUGGCCUCAGUGUACUUCGCAGUGACUGAAACAAAGCAGUGUUGCAGGUGUGCCUUUCUCAGUGCCCGAUGUUCAGAGCUGAACAUUAGCUGCUUGUGAAGGAGGCGAGGAAGCGCUGUAACAUAGCACACGGAUGCAUCACAUGCACCCAGAGGGCCGCCCCGCUCGGGGACAGUGGCUGUUCGGGCCCCUGGAGGGACAGGGUGCCGCUGGGCCCAGGGCUGGCACCGAACACCGAAAUUGGAAGUGACCCUCUGGUGCGGUGGUGGCUGUCCCUCCGAGUCCCUCUCCAAGGUGCCACUCUAAAAGCUGACAUUUUUUCCCUAUGACACCAUUAACUUACCACGAGAAAAAUACUUAAUUGUUAUGUGUCCCUGUGUUUGGCUGUAGAACUCCUGCAGUGACAUUACCAUGGCAACUAAAGAGCUGUACAAUCCUCUUGUUUUCCUCAUAAGCUCACCAGAAACACACACAAAUACCCUUCACCAAAUAAGGACAGCAAUUGUGCUGGAAACUAGAAAUGGUCAGGGCAACCGGUGAAGGAGUCCCCAGCUAGAAGGGCACAGAAGUACGGGCUGGUACUUGAGGGUGCAUCUAAACGUAUUCAGUAGUUAGGAUGAGAAUUACUAAGUAGCUGUUAGUGAGCUUUCUGUGAGACAUCUUUGUCUCUUUUCUUGACUUUGUGUAAGACCAAGAAAGAAGCAUGAGCUACCCUGACAAACAGUCUUCAAACACACUCCAGAAAUACUUAUGAUACACACUAUGGCUCACACAGGCGAGGGACACAGGAAUUUACCAUGCACCAAGAUACACACGCAAAUCUGUGUGUACGUCAGAUUAGAACUGUGUCUCUCAGCUCGAUCAAAAAACAAGAGAAAAAGGCCACACCUAUCUCAAACACUGUGAUAAUAGAAGUUUAACCCCCCAACAUCAUUAUUUCUGUAUUUUAGGGUUUCAGUAUUUCCUUAAAAACACACAUUUUACUAAUUAUGUUCCACCACCCCUCUUCUGUUCACAAGACACGAAACCGAAUCUCUUGAUAAAUACUCAGCCUAAAUGUAUGGCUGGCAGUGUGUGCUGUCUUUCCCUCUCCUCCCUCCCUCUCGCUUCCUCCUUUCCUCCCUGAUUCCCGCCCCCACCCCCUUCUGUUCUGGUGUGUAGUACUGCGAAAUUCCAUCACAAGCACUGUGCAAACCCCGCCAUGGUCAGGACAGAGCCAUUCCACCCCCACAAGGGGACAUCCUGUUGGGAAACUGGCCCCACUCCUGUUUUGAGACAGGUCUAUGUAGCCCAGGAUGGCCUCGGACUUGUGAUCCUCCUGCUUGGGCCUUCUGGAUGCUGGGGUCACAUACAUUGGCAUCACACCCCAUUUUUAAUUCCUACUGACCACACAUCUCUCCUCUGUUGCUAUAAUGUUGUCAUUUCAAGAAUGUUACACAAAUGCAGUCACACAAGAUGUCACCUUUUGAGAUUGGCUUUUUGUUUUCAGCAUACUGCUCUUGAGAUUCAAAACAGUUGCUGCAUAGAACAUGGUUUGUUUCUUUUUAUGUCCAGGUAGUAUUUCAUUUAUAGAUGUGCUAGCUGCCCAUUGAAUAAUGGGUUGUUUCCAGAUCUUGGCUAUUACAAAUAAGCUGCUGUAAACAUUUGUGUACAGGUUUUCGUGCGGACAUAUUUUCCUUUCUGCACGGUAACAACCCAGGAGUGCAACUGCUGGGUCAUAUUGUAUAUACCUGCUGAACUUCUGGAGAAACUGCCAAACUUUUCCAGGUGCCUGCAGCAUUUUAAAUUCUGCCCAACCAUGUUCCAGGGAACCAGUUGCUUCACAUUCUUGACAAUGCUUGGUAUCGUCGGUAUUUUUAAUUCACUAGGGUCUGCAUUUGCGUUUCCUGAUGGUUAACUAUGUUGAUUUUUUUCAUGUUUAUUUGCCAUCACUUUGGUAUGAAGAGCUGUUUUUCUCAUUUUGUAAUAGUAUUUUCUUACUUUUGAGUUAGUUCUUCAUGUUUCAGACCAGUCUUUUACUGAGUAUGUGAUUAGAAAAUAUUUCCUGUUUGUGGUUUGUCUGACAACAGGAUCUUCAGAGCAAAAGGUUAAAAUUUUGACCACGCCAGCAGAUCCAUUUUUUUCUACAAUGUCUAAGAACACUACCUAGGCCUAUCUUGUAAUGAUAGGGGUUUUUUUCCAAGUUUUAUAGCUUCAUUUUACAUGCAGAUAUAUGAUCAAUUUUGAAUUUAUUAUUCUGUGAGUUUAGGCGUUUCUUUCCUCCUUAAGUUUGUAUCAUGUAUUAAAAGAUUAUCUUUCCCCCACUGGUGCAUGCCUGUCUCACCACUCUGGGAGACUGAGGCAGGAGGAUCACAAUUUCCAGCCCAGCCUGGGGAACUUGGUGUCUCAAAGUAAGAAGGGCUAAGUAUGCAGCUCACUGCAAAGGCCCUGGGCUCAACGCCCAGCAUGGGCCCCCACCCAAUGUAUUGAGCAUGCUUCUGGAUUUUCUGUGCCCUUUCAUUGAAGUGUUUCAGCCUGUCCUCCAACAGGUUUUGUGAUUGCUCCAUUGUUACUUUUUACUAUCAUUUUAGACUUCAGUCCCUUUGCUUUUCCAGAUAAAAGUUUAGAUGCUGAGAUUCUGCUCAUCUUCACGAGGUGAGCGCCUCAUUCCUCAGCCUAGUCAGCCUCAGUUGCCAGUUCGGUGCCAGGCCACACAGCUAGACACAAGGACCCGGUGGGAGGCGGUGGUGACGGACUUGGGAGGUAGAUCUGUGGGUGAACCUGGCAGCCACUAAGCCAAACUGCUGAGUGUCAAAAGGGUGUCCCACGUACGUCAUCCUGGGUGCCUCUGACUCCAAGAUGUGUCAGCUGACAUCUCAGGGGCAGCAGGGACACUGCUACCUGGGGCUGGACCCUCACACCUGGCCCAGUUCCCCUCUCCCUAUGCCAGCUCAGUGGCUUCUAUCGAGUGCUUGCUGAAGAGAGAAGGGUCAGAGACCCAGGAAGCUCUCAUUUAGCAGAGUUGGGUCAGUUAAGGUCCAGGUAGAAUGAGAGGCUCAGACAAUUCUGCCUCUCCAGCUUCAGGGACAGGAAGUGCCUGGUAGAAAAUCCACAAGUCAGACCCUUUCUGCCCUGUACAGCCAUAUAACCUGCUGCAGGAAGAAGCACCAGUGUGCUGAGGAAGACGUAAGAUGGGAGAGAGACAGGAAAUAGUUGAGGAAUGCAGGUUUGAGCAGAAAAGUCUGAAUCAGGCUCGCACUGAGGAAGGAGGAAGCCAGGGACAAGGCUUGACAGAGGUCUCCCCGGGCCAUGGUGAGGCUUCUGGUCUUUACCUUAUAGGAAACAAAGUAUCCUAAAUACAACCUAACACUAAGCUUUGAUCAGAGUGAAUUAAACAAUUUAUUAAUAUAGCCAACAGUUUCCUGGAUCACUAAAAUUGGAAAGCUAAUAGCCAUGCUUUCUCUAUGGAAAAUCUGAAAUAUCUGUGGAUAGCAAAAGGCUCAGAGCCACCUUUGACAAUUAUCAAAACUCACACCUCUAAAAUCACCUUUUCAGCUUUUGACUAGGUGGCUUAAAAGCCUAUUAGUUACUGACAGCUUCUAAGUCAUGUCAUAUACAGUGCCUGUCUCCCUUGCUCUUAAAUCUUUGCCUCUAUGCCUCCAUCUGCUGGGCAUGUAGUUCCAUUAACUAAAUCAUCCAAGGCCUAAAUCCUAUUUUAAGCAAGGCAGGUAACAGACAGCCUUAGAUAUUUGAAAACAACAGGGAACAAUUUAAGCAAAUUUCUUUUUGUUAACUUCAAGAAGAUGGACUCAAGAAUACGCAUAUGCAAGGAUAUCUAUGCCUAAGGGUCCCUGCUCAAUGUUAACUUGAAGAACAGCAGAAGCACCUCAUGACAAGUGAUUUUUAAAAAUACACUAGAAUACUGUACAUUUAUUCCAGACUUGUAAAUUUUAAGUGGAAUGAAGGGACUUUCAUUCAGUCGCCAAUCCUCAUACUGAAAUACCUAUCCUUCACAUCUAAACACAGUACUUGGCGAAGUACAUAACCCUACCUAUUUGGUGGUGGUGAGGGAGGAAAUAAAAUACAAAACAUUUUUGGAAUAUGAAAAUUUAUUACUAAUGUCUUUUCAUCAUCAAAACUUAUGAUCUUGGUCUUUCCUUCUUGCCUUUGUAGAGAGCCAAGAGAGAGACAUUGGCUACUUUAACCACCUUAAAGCGGACUCCAGGAAUGUCACCAACGGCGUGACCUUUUCGACCAA